GGAGCGGGCGGAAGGCGCAGUUCCUCCUCUGAGCGGUGGCACUGAGGCUAUGGGUAGCCAGGAGGUGCUGGGCCAGGCAGCCCGGCUGGCCUCCUCGAGUCUUCUGCUGCAGGUAUUGUUUCGACUAAUCACUUUUGUCUUGAAUGCAUUUAUCCUUCGCUUCCUGUCUAAGGAGGUCGUGGGCAUAGUGAAUGUCAGACUAACCCUUCUUUACUCAACGGCCAUCUUCCUGGCCAGGGAGGCCUUCCGAAGAGCCUGUCUGAGUGGCAGUGCUCAGCGGGACUGGAGGCAGACCCUCAACCUCCUGUGGCUAACUGUCCCCCUGGGUAUAUUUUGGUCCUUACUCCUGGGCUGGGUCUGGUUGCAGUUGCUUGAAGUGCCCGAUCCAGAUGUGGUGCCCCACUACGGAGCUGGAGUGGCGCUCUUCGGUCUCUCAGCAGUGCUGGAGCUUCUGGGAGAGCCUUUCUGGGUCUUGGCACAAGCACACAUGUUUGUUAAGCUCAAGGUCGUUGCUGAGAGCAUGGCCGUCAUCUUCCGGAGUGUCCUGACGGCUUUCCUUGUGUUGUGGUUGCCUCACUGGGGUCUGUACAUUUUUUCUCUGGCGCAGCUUUUGUAUACUGCUGUUCUGGUGCUCUGCUAUGUGAUUUAUUUAAUAAAACUACUGCAUUCCCCAGAAUCAACCAAGCAACUAACUCUUCCUGUCUCCAGAAUAUCACAACUGUUGCCCACUAUUACAAGAAGCAGAGCAUUUGUCAAUUGGAAAGAGGCUAAAUUGACUUGGAGUUUUUUCAAACAGUCUUUCUUGAAACAGAUUUUGACAGAAGGCGAGCGAUAUGUGAUGACAUUUUUGAAUGUAUUAAACUUUGGCGACCAGGGCGUAUAUGAUAUAGUGAAUAAUCUCGGGUCCCUUGUGGCCAGGCUAAUUUUCCAGCCAGUAGAGGAGAGUUUUUAUAUAUUCUUUGCUAAGGUACUAGAGAGGGAAAAGGAUGCCGCACAUCAGAAGCAGGAGGACGUUGCUGUGGCUGCUGCGGUUUUGGAGUCUCUCCUCAAGCUGGCCGUGCUGACUGGCCUGACCAUCACUGUAUUUGGCUUUGCCUAUUCUCAACUGGCUCUGGACAUCUAUGGAGGAGCCAUGCUUAGUUCAGGAUCGGGUCCUGUGUUGAUGCGUUCCUAUUGUCUCUAUGUCCUCCUGCUUGCAAUCAAUGGUGUGACCGAGUGUUUCACAUUUGCAGCCAUGAGCAAAGAGGAGGUUGACAGGUACAAUUUCACCAUGCUGGCACUGUCUUCCUCAUUUUUGGUCUUAUCCUACCUCCUGACCAGUUGGUGUGGCAGUGUGGGCUUCAUCUUGGCCAACUGCUUUAACAUGGGCAUUCGGAUCACACAGAGCCUUUACUUCAUCCAUCACUACUUCCAGAGGAGCCCCCACAGACCCCUGGCUGGCCUGCGCCUGUCGCCAAUCCUCCUUGGGGUGUUUGCCCUCGGUGGUGGCGUUACUGGUGUUUCAGAGGCCGUCCUCUGCUGUGAUCAGGGCUGGUCUGCUAGACUGGCACACAUCGCUGUGGGGACCAUCUGCUUAGGAGUGACCCUUGGGACGGCGUUCUUCACAGAGACCAAGCUAGUCCACUUUCUCAGGACUCAGUUUGGUAGAUCCAGACUCAGUGACAAAAUGACAUGACUUUGAUGCUGCUCUGAUACUUUUGGUACCUGGACCCACCGUGGAGUGGUUCUUGGACAGCAUGUGUCGCUGUGCAAAAGUCCUUCUGUGAAUGAGCAUCACCCUGGAAAUGAUGCCAGAGAAGAGAACGCCUAGUUGAAGCCUUCCAACUGAAGGAGGAAUAUCCCUUUAAGUGAAGACCAAAAGUCCAUUUUGUUAAUGAAUUAAUUCCUUCUGCGUGUGAUUGACCUUUGAAGUUACAUCUUCUAACGAACUGUCUUAGAUGUUAAUCGUUAGUCAUCAUUUGACCAAGAAAAAGCACUGUAGCCAGUGACCCAUUACAAGAUUCUGUAAAAGUAGUAGGGAGCCCUGAACUCACACCAAACAAGAACACAGUGUGGCCUGAAAGUUGUGACUUUCCCUGUGUCAGUGUUGUGGCUUCAAUUUUUAGAGAAGAAAAAUCCAGCUCACUAAGAAAUAUUUUUUGACAUAUUUGAAAUAAUGUUUACAGUCCUGGGGAUUGAACCCAGGGCCUCUACAACUGAACUAUAUCCAUAUUCCCAGCCCUCACAAUGAAAGAAACCAAGAGAUGCAGAUCAGAUCUUUACUGUCAUGGUCAUGUUGUAUCUCCCAGAGCAGCUCAUGUCCUGGAAUAGGACUCAGGAUUUCUUAGUUGUAAAAUUAAUUAUGGAAACUGUCAGAUGACCUUAGAUGUAGCCACUUGAGAGGGGCAGCUUUGAUGGGAAGUGUGAGCUGCUUUGUUUCUUAAGGGCUGCUGCUUCCCAGCUUUCUUUAAUUUUACCAUGGAAGUCACACAGGUGAUUACCACAAUUACAUAGAUAGCUCUUUUUAUCCUUGAAAUAAAACAGGACAAAUUGCAUAUGGUAAGAAUCAGAGUCAAGGACUAGAGGGAUGGCUUAGUAGCUAGGAGCAUUGGAUGUUCUUCCAGUGGUCUUGAGUUCAAUUCCCAGCAUCCACAUGGUGGCUCACAACAUCUAUAAUGGGAUCUGUUGCUCUUUUCUGGCAUUUAGGUAUACGUGCAGCUAUAGCACUCAUGAAAUAAAAUAAAUCUAAAAAAAAAAAAACAAAAACCGUCAGCAUCAAACCCUCUUAGCUGACAAAUUAUUUCCAGUAACUGGUCAGUAUAUUCCAAUGCCGAGCAAGAGUGGCAGGCCUGGAGGUUUGGGCGUGUAGGCUACCUCAUAAGCCAGGCUCCCUGUACCGUGCACACUGCUUACCUGCAGGUGAGAUCAUCAGGCCUUUCUCUGGGUUGGAGAAUAGUUUUCUUUUUUUCUUUGAAUUCCCUUUUUGAUAUGGUUGCACAAACUUGAUCUUGACUGUCAAUAGUUAAUAAUCCUCUGGCACAAUAUUUGUCCCUGGAGGGCCAAAAAGGGUAACUAGUACUAUGCAUUAAAGAACAUGCAUUGGGCCAGGAAUAGUAGCACACAUCGUUAAUCUCAGCACUCAUACUUAGGAGGCAGAAGCUGGUGGAUCUCUGUGAGUUCAAGGCUAGCCUGAUCUACAUAUCUCAAAACAAAAAGCAAACAAGCAACAAAACUCAUGCAUUUGUCUAUUUCUUUAAUUGUGUGUGUAUGUGUGCAAGUGCCAUGAUGCACUCAUAGAAGUCAGAAGACAACUUUUAGGAAUUGUUUCUCCUGCUAUGAGAUCCAGAUACUGAAUUCAGGCUACCAAGCUUGUGUGGCAAGCAUUUUAAUUCAUUUUUUUACUCAUUUUUAUCUUAUCAUAUCUAUAUCCUCCCUUUUUCCUUUUCAGAGUAGAUUCAAUAAUCUACCCUUUUAUUCUAUCAUAUCUAUAUCUCCAUUUUUUUGUUUAAAGAUUUAUUUAUUAUGUAUACAGUAUUCUGUCUGUCUGUAUGCUUGCUGGCCAGAAGAGGGCACCAGAUCUCAUUACAGGUGGCUGUAAUCCACCAUGUGGUUGCUGGGAAUUGAAUUCAGGACCUCUGGAAGAACAGCCAGUGCUCUUAACUGCUGAGCCAUCUCUCCAGCCUUUUGUUGUUGUUCUGUAGCUUUGGAGCCUAUCCUGGAACUCACUCUGUAGACCAGGCUGGUCUUGAACUCAGAGAGAUCUGCCUGUCUCUGCCUCCUGAGUGCUGUGGUUAAAGGCAUGUGCCACUACUUCCUGAUUUACUUUAUUUCUUUUUAAGGACUUUAUUUUUUUUAACAGAGCAAUAAUAAAUUAUUUUAUUGAUGUCUUACUAUAUAGGAAGCUAAUGUCUUGGCCUAGGAAGAUUUUUUUUUAAUAAAUCAGCACAGAGACCACAAAUAAAGAUAUAAAAUACAAUAAAAUACAAUUUUUUAAAUCUUUUUAAAAGUAAAUGUUUUAUACCAGUAGAGACAUACUUAUUGAACAACUUUAUACACUCUAUGGCUACUUCAGAGUUUGAGAGUCCAUAGGAAUACAACCCUGCAGACACAUGGCAAGCAGGCUGGACAUGGUGGCUCAUGGUGGUAUUAUC